UCUCGCGCUGGGAUUUUGUUGGGCGGGCUGCGAACGGGGUCGGCGAAGAACGACACAACAAGGAGAGAAAAAUGCUGUUUUGGCACACGCAGCCGGAGCAUUACAACCAACACUCGACGGGAAGCUACCUGCGUGAUGUCCUCGCACUGCCAAUCUUCAAACAAGAAGAACCUCAACUGUCUCCUGAGAAUGAUGCAAAACUCCCUCCCUUUCAAUAUGUGCUUUGUGCCGCCACAUCACCUGCUGUGAAGCUUCAUGAAGAGACUUUAACGUAUCUCAACCAAGGUCAGUCUUAUGAAAUCCGUCUCCUUGAGAAUAGGAAAUUGGGAGAGUUCCAAGAUUUAAACACAAAAUAUAUAAAGAGCAUUAUUCGUGUGGUUUUUCAUGACCGACGUUUGCAGUAUACAGAGCACCAACAGCUGGAAUGCUGGAGAUGGAGUCGGCCUGGAGACCGCAUCCUUGACAUAGAUAUCCCACUGUCAGUUGGUAUCUUAGACCCAAGAGCCAGCCCAACACAAUUGAAUACAGUUGAAUUUUUGUGGGAUCCAUCUAAGAGAGCAUCAGCAUUCAUUCAGGUACACUGCAUCAGUACAGAAUUUACUCCAAGAAAACAUGGAGGAGAAAAAGGAGUACCCUUCCGGAUACAAAUUGACACAUUCAAACAGAAUGAGAAUGGCGAAUAUACAGAACACUUGCAUUCUGCGAGCUGCCAGAUCAAAGUGUUCAAGCCCAAAGGAGCAGAUCGAAAGCAGAAAACAGACAGAGAAAAAAUGGAAAAGAAAACUUCUCAAGAAAGGGAGAAAUAUCAGCCUUCUUAUGAUACAACCAUUCUCACAGAGUGUUCUCCGUGGCCAGAUGUGCCUUAUCAAGUAAACAAUGCACCGUCUCCAAGUUACAACAGCUCUCCAAACAGUUUCAGCCUUGGAGAUGGAAACAGUUCACCAACUCAUCAGGUUGAGGUCCUGCCUCCCAGCAAUGACCAUCUCCUUCCUUCUGCUUCUAUUCAAGAUGCUCAGCAGUGGCUUCAUCGAAACAGAUUCUCUCCAUUCUGUAGACUGUUUUCAAGUUUUUCAGGUGCUGACUUACUGAAGAUGUCCAAAGAAGAUUUUGUUCAGAUCUGUGGCCCAGCUGAUGGCAUUCGACUUUUCAAUGCCAUUAAAGGAAGGAAUGUAAGGCCUAAGAUGACCGUUUAUGUCUGUCAAGAACCUGAGCAGAAUCAAUCUCAUCUUCAUCAAAAACGAGAAAAUGGAGAGGGAAAUCUUUGUGUGCUAAAGUCUUCUCCCACUGGCAUUUCAGUAUACCAUGCCAUCUUCUUAGAAGAACUGACAACUCUGGAAUUAAUGGAGAAGAUUGCAAACUUGUACAGUAUUUCCCCACAGCAGAUAAACCGGAUCUAUCGGCAAGGACCUACAGGAAUCCAUGUAUUAGUGAGCAAUGAGAUGGUACAAAACUUCCAAGAUGAAUCAUGUUUUGUCAUUUCCACGCUAAAAGCUGAAAGUAAUGAUGGCUACCACAUCAUCCUGAAAUGACCACCUUCUGUGUAUCAGUUGGGACUUUCAACAGCUUUACACUAUGAUGCCUAUAACCCAAAUCACUGGAACCAAGACUGGAAAGAUGGCGAACUCAUUUGGAUAAAAUACUUCUGUUAACUGAAUGCUGUGACAAGAAAAAUAAAACUUCAUAAAUUUCAGAGCAUUUGGGAACUGGCAACUAGCUUCAGAGCUUGUAACAAAUUUUCUACUUUUUUUCUUUCCUUUUUAGGACAUUUUACUGGCAUGACAUUUUUAGUUUCUUGUUCAGAACCACAUGCCUUGUUUAAGGGAAUCUUAAUGCAUAAAAAACUCUAAAAGCACUUCUGAAUCACCAGUGUCUGGUACUAAAGGUUGAAAAUCAUCAUCUGUGAUACUAAUAUGGUUUCACUUGCCCCCUUAUGUAUUCUUUUCCUAGGCAAAGUAUGUACAAUCAGAGGUUGGCCUCAGAUGUCUGCAGUUAGUUUAUAUUCCUAUAUUUUGUUCUUUUCCUUAGAUCAAAAGUACUGCCCUUGAAAUUCCUGGUAUAAGUGCACAAAAAGUAUAUGAAAUUUUGUUGACGAGUACAUGUUUCCUGAAGAAAUUUACAUUUUCAGAGUAGUUAAAUAUAUGCAAUACUUAUUUAAACCUACUUUACUGUGUUGAGUACAUGAAGUGUGUCAGGCAUAACUUACCACAUAAAUUAUUACGGUUCAAUAUACUGAUGAAAUUUAAGAAGUCCUUGAACAGUUCCAAAUAAAUCCAGUUUCAAAAAUGGAGAGGCAGGCUGCUGCACAUAAUGGCACUGAAGAAUGCAUUCUUGCAAAGUGGGAAAACGGAGAUUGAAAGUCAAAGUCAACAUUUGAGAAGAUUUAAUUCUCUGAGCUUAAAUGGUAUGUGGUAUCCCAACAGAGGAAAAACUCGGUUUUUAGAGAGGGUAUUAAGAAAAAUAUGCAUUCUUAUAGUGAAAUUAAGAAGCAAUACAUGCAAAUCUCCUGGGGGUCCCUGGCCCUUCUACUGUUAGAUUGGCCUCGAUCAGGGCUUUUUUGGCCAUGGCCCCUACCUGGUGGGAAGCUCUGCCACCUAACAUCAGGGCCCUGCGGGGUUUGAUGCAAUUCCGCAGGGCCUGUAAGGCAGAGUUGUUCCACCAUUCCUUUGAUUGGGGCCUAUACAAUUACAUCUGUUGCUGGCCCUAAUCCUAAUUCUGGUUUUAAACUUUAAAUUUUAAGUAAAUUUUAAUUUCAGUUGUGUUUUAAUUAGUUUGGACUUGAUUUUAAUUAUUAAUAGCAGUUUUAAUUGUUUAUUAAAUUGAGUUUUACUAUGUUAUGUUUUAUUAUUGUAAGCUGCCCUGAGCCCUUUUGGGAAGGGCGGCAUAUAAAUUGAACCAACCAACCAACCAAAUAAAUAAACAAAUACUAUAUCAUCAAUAUAUACAGUAAAGCUACAAUUCUAGGCCCUCUUAACUGGUAGAGAGCCCUAUUGAAAUGAACUGGACAUAUGUCUAAAUAAGCAAACAUAGCAGUAAGCAUCAUAGUAAUCACAGAAAAAAUUAGCUAUCCUGAACCCAGUUUUUAAAAUCCUGCAUUCCAAUCCAUUUUGGAAAAUAAAAUACCCUUUAAAAUAGUGACUUAACUUGCAUUUAUUUAUUUAAUUGGUGUCUGAACAGAAGAUGGGUCUAAUUUGGAAAUUUUUCACUUGAAAACUUCAAGGACUUCAAUAAAUGGAAGGUUUUUGCAUAAAUUACAAAUAAUUUCAACUGUUUCAUAUGUAAACUUGCUCCUGGAUCAUAUGUGUAUUUUUGUUUCAAACAUCCAUCAGUUUAUUUCACGUGCUGCAGAAAAAUAUGAGGCAAGAAAGACGCUAUAGGAUACUGUAACACAAAGAUUUUCUCCUGUUUCAGGGGCAGUUUGCUUGUUAGUUUCACAUAUAGUACAUCAGAAUCAGAUAUCUGAAGAUGUCCCAUAGUCUGCUGCAUUUAAAAGUACUCCACCAUACCAGGUCAAAGGAGUGGUGAUAGGUUAGCAACCAAGUGAAACGAGAGAGGACCUACCAGUCCUCAUGGAAAACUGGUUUUUCCUUCAUUGCUGUCUUUUCUCUCUAUUGACUGCAGCUCUCACCAUUCUCUUGUCGGCAGCCACUUCCAGGUUACGGCUAGUAUUUGUAAACCAUUCAGGAUUGCCACAAAGGUCCACAAUACUGACCAAGGUUCAGCAGUUUAGUUUGUGCAUAUCUGCAUGUGAACUAUUUUUUGAGCCACUCCUGCAAAUUUUUUAAUUAGAUUUUUGUCCAAAUAUGAGGGCUCCCUUAGGUUUGCUGAAACUAUUUUGGCUAUUAGAUAUACUGAUAUAACACCAGUGCAGCCAUCAUGACUGUGUACUAAUCUUCAUCUUGGAAUCUUGCAGAAGUGUUAGAUACAUCGAGUUAGUUUCACUUGUAAUUAUAAAAGAAUUUAUUACAUCAGUGGUUUCCAAAAAAAAUUUAGGUGGUUUUAAAAAAUGUUUGGAAGCAAAAAAAGAAAAGAAAGGAAAACCUUUUCUGAAUUUUUGUCUACCUUGAAUCUUGAUAUCUCCAGUACCUUACUGGAAUGGUUUGUUCCUUUUGGAAAAGAUGAAUGUACUAUUUUGUUUCCCUGCACAACCCCAGAACUUUAACGUCAACCAAAGUUUGUUCGUUUACUAUACCCCAAAAACUCAUUUACUCCCACUGACAUCUAGUGCAGAAAAUAAAUGUAUGACUUUGGCAGGAAAAUGUUUACUUUCUGCGGCAUAAGUGAACUGUAUAAGUGAACUUCUCUGACAGAAAAUUAUAGAUUUGGUGAUGGAUAUUUAGUCCAUAGCUUAAUAUUUUGACCAGGACUGUGAAUGGAGAAGAGCAUUUCCCCUUCCUCCCUGAUUAUUUAUCUCCCAUGGUGGUACCUGUCAAGAUGCUGAUACUGCUAAGAGGAAGAAGAAAAUGUGGAGAGUUAGACCAGUGCCUUCUCUUUUAAUGCCUUCCUAAAUACUAACAGUCCCAUUUAAAGGGUCAGGCGCUUGACACGGUGCCAUGACUGCAUUGCCCCACCUUUCCCAAGGGGGUGUUCCAAUGGCAUUGGAAGACAAAGAACUAAAAAAAACCCCCUCCCUGCCAUCAGAAAGCCCCCAUUUUGCUUAAUGGACUUACACCACCAAAAAUGGUGGUGCAAGUCCAAAUCUCUGGCCACUGGCGUAAUAGGUGCAAUGGCUGGGGGGAAGCCGACUAGCAUCAGUCCCCACCCCCCAUGACCCUGGACUGCCCUUACUAUGCAACUGGUGGGAGCACAGGGAUACUGGUGCAACAUUCAGAAUUGCAUUCCACUGCCAUGGAGGGCUGUGGCAGCUGUCUGCUUGCGGCUCGGCCCCUCCACCAGGGGAAGUGCCCUGGGGAGAGCAAAUCAGCUGGCAUGGCCCUGUGCAGCGCCAAGUGGCUGGUUCCCCCUUCACUUUGGAUGGGGUUGUCAGUCUUCACUACAUGUUAAUAUUCCUGGCUACAGAGAUGGACUAUUUUCACUAAUACAGGGCACUGCAUGUUCAUCUUUGUGAAAUAAGUUAAACCCAUCCCUGUCAUAAAUGUGAUUCUUGAAAAUAAUCAAUUAUAUUACAGAGUAGCAAAGAAAUAUGCCAGCAUUCUUAAACUAUCUCUUAAAAAGCAUAAGUUUUUUAAUACUUCAAAACAAGAGCCCCAUAAUUUUUAAAAUGAUUACAAGUGCUUUUUGAGGCAGGCAAUGAAAUUAUGGAGAAUUUCAAGAAUUAUGAAUACUGGCAAGAUAAAAAUAAUAAGUGAUUGCCUUCAUUAAAAGGGCUGGGGAAAUUAUGACUGGAUAAGGAAACAUGUUUGUAAAAUGUUCAUUAGUAAAUACUUGAGUAUUUUUAGUUAAUGGAGUAUUUGUUAAUUUUAGUUGUUCUGCACCCAGCAAUUCUUUAUGGUUAUGGAAGGUUUCCCACUACAACUGUAGGGAAACCUUCCACAACCAUAGGGAAACCUUUCUUCUGCCCAGAUUACCCUCUGAGGCUUGUAAUAUAUGAAUUUAGCCUCAUAAGACUUGGUCACAUUCUGUACUCAAAAGUCUUCUAUUAAAAAAUGUGCUCGAAUACUUUGAUUCUGGGUGCCUUUUCAUAAUUAUACUGUCAUCUAAAUAUUUUUUUUGUUUUUUUCCUCAUAAUGAUGUUGUCAAAUUGUGUUUUUCUUUUUUUGUCUGUGUGUAUGUGUAUGGGGGGAGUUGUUUGUACAAGUGCCUCCAUUUCAUAUUUUGAUAACUGACCUGACUUUAAAUGGUUCAAAUUCUUUUCUGGUUAAAAUCUGUCUCUAUACAUUUAAAAUACCAAAAGCUCAAUAGCCACUUGCACAGUAAUUGUAUAUAUGAUUAGAAUGCUUGAUCUUCAAUCCACUGAGUAGCAUCAACAUAGAAGCUGGUUUUUGAGCAAGGAUUUCCUGCUGGAUUAGUAAUGUGCAUGCAGAAGAAUGCUAAUGCAAAGUUCUCAUGACUGGAUGCCUACAUUCAUCAGCUAGGGCUAUGACUGCAGUGCCAGUCAGUGGAUUUGGACCACACACACAAUGCUCAAUAAAUGGUUGGCAUGGUCAAUUUUUGAUGGUGCAGAUCACCUUUUGGGGAGGAAGAACUAUAUCCUACUGCCUUCUCCAACAGGUAAGAUAUGCUGUCCAACUUGAUCAUUCCUGUAUUUUUUCAUUGAACGUACAUGAGCACUCAAGGAGAAGUACUCAGUAGACUGGGUCCUUUGUGUAUAUUUUGUUCUCUUAACAUGAAGGAACUAUUGUUAUACUCCCUGGAUAGUUCUAAUGGGUAUGGAUAUCCAGAACAUAUGUAGUCGUGGUUUAAAAUUAUAUUUAACACAUUUGUAAUAGCUUGAAUUGGUUGCAUUUUACACAAGUAUGGACAUUGACUGAAGACUACAUUUUCCACUGUUAAAGUUGAAGCUAAUGACAGAUUGGUUGGGGUGGCAUUUAGUGUUCUGAUUACCUCCCAAACACUGCAAAGUCAAUCCAUCUUUUCUAUUGUAAUAUUCUAUUCACCUUGUACUGAAGUCUAAGAGAAGGUGCAAACACUUUUUACUGAGACUGAAGUUUUCAGCAGGCAUGCAAAAAUUUAUUGACUGUGUCUCAGGAAAACAGCUUUAAACUAGUGCCUAACAUUGUAAAUUUUAAAUGUAUUCUCUUUUUCUGUUACUUUUGCAACCUACUUUUUAAAAGGUACCUUAUUUCUUUAAUGUGAUUGGGAUAGGUGGUAUUGUCUUUCAAAGGGCUCUGGGACUUUUAAUGCAACUAUUUAAUGUGAUUAAAUGAAGGGUGAGUGAGAUGGCUGGAAGGGAGGCCAAGCAUAAGAAAUGUAAUACUGCCAGACUUUUGUUUUUUUAUAUAUGAUUUUUUUUAAAAAAAACCCUGCAUAUUUUGCACUGGCCAUUGUACUGUUGUACAAAAGAAAAAUAACACUAUAUCUAGAAUCUGUGUUCUGGAAAAGAUGCAAAUAAACUUGUUUAUAAGAAA